UAUCAUUGCCCUGUGUGCUCUAAAGCAUUCCCGAGACCGAGCAUUUUAGCGAUACACAUGGACUCUCACUCCGGCGCGAAACCGUUCAAGUGCCCGGUACCCGUGUGCACAAAGAGCUAUGCGGUGCGCUCGAACUUGCGGCGGCAUCUGCGGACGCACAACAUCGUCGAGCCGGCAGAGCAUGUAAUCAUGUCGCCCUUGCAGCUAACGGUCGAGUAA